CCGCCUUAACAAUCUUUGACUCUAUUAUGUCUACGUGCGUCGCCUAUACAACUGGAGGAAGAAGAAGAACAGAAGUAAAAGUAGGCUGUUGUUGACUAUUUACGACUAACGUUACCACAUCCAAAUCGAGUCGAUAACAUUUCGGAAUAUGUUGCACCUAUAUUCCGGUAUCAAAUGCAUUAUGGAAAUCGUUGUCACGACCACGUUAAGCGAGAUGAAGAAAAUAAUCGAGCACUCGAAUGGAACCCUACAGGCGCCAGAAACUGAAACGUGUAACGUUAAUGUUAAGGCGAAAUCACCGAAUAACCUUAUUUUGACUCAGCUGACCUCUAUCUUGGAAUUGCUGGCAAAGGAAGCAGUGGACAAAAUUUGUAGACUUGUAAGUGAAGGCCUGUGUUGCAGUCCGGUGGAGAGUGAGACCUUGAAGGGAAAUGUUGAACAAAUGGGUCAAAGGCUUUGGAUGGAACUCAUAAAAAGUAACAGGCAUGAAGCAUAUCAACAGAGUUCAGAGAGCUGCAGACAAAUUCACUCCACUGGCCAACAAAGAAAAGAGGAUGCCUUUGAUUUACAUGAAUCAGAUGUAGGAGGAUGUUCUGCCAUGGAAGAACCAGGUGCUGGAAAAAGUGCAGAAGAAAAAGAUUGGAUCAGGCAUGAAGAGGUAGAGCAACUGACUGAGGUUGUGAUAAAGGAAGAAGGGUUUAAGGACAAUCCAGAAGAGGCUGAUACUGAUGGAGCACAUGAAAAACUGCUCUCCAUCUUGUCACCAGUCAUAUCCUCAGAGAGACCAAAUGUAGUCACUGGUGAGCAAGCAAAGAAGACAUCAAAGCAGCUGAAACCCUCAAAGAGCACAGAUACCACGAUCUCUUGUAAAGCAGGAAAACAGUACUGCAAACACUGUGGGCAGAGUUUCACUAACUUGGUGUAUCUUAGAGCGCAUGAAGCAGUGCAUAAGAUUGAUCUGCCAUUUUCCUGCACGUGUUGUGGAAAAGGCUUCAUACAGAAGUGCAGUUUGAAAAAGCAUCAGCUCAUUCACACUGCAGACCAAUUACAGUCUUGCAGUGUGUAUAGCACAACAUUUACAGAGAAAUUAUGUCUUAAAAAGCAUAUGAAAUCUCAUUGUAAUCAAAAAAGCUUAUGCUGUAGUUUGUGCUCUAAAUCCUUCAGCAGUUUGUACACCCUGAAGAAACACCAGGUGGUUCAUACAGGAGAGAAGGCGUACUGCUGUGGCACCUGUGGCAAGGCCUUCAACAAUGCUGGAAACCUGUCACGUCACCUUCGCAUACAUACUGGCGAGAAGCCAUUCUGCUGCCACACCUGUGGAAAGAGCUUCAAUCAGUUGGACACUCUGAAGACCCAUCAGCGUAUACACACAGGAGAGAGACCACAUAGCUGUAAGACAUGUGGGAAAAAAUUUGUCAAGAGGAGUGGGCUCAAAAGUCAUAUGCACAUUCAUUUGGAUAGUGAAGAGAGCUGUGUAGAGUCCUUAAAAGGGCAUGUAAAAAUGCAUGCUGGGAGUAUGCCCUGUGAGUGCUCCAUCUGUGGACAACAACUGAGUUCUGUUAGUGCUCUGUGGACACACCAGCAGCUUCAUGACGGUGACGAACUGCACAACUGUGAUGUCUGUGGAAAGAAUUUUAAAUCAUCCCGCAAACUGAAAACCCACAAGAGGAUCCACACAGGAGAGAAGCCUUUCAGCUGUGAGAUAUGUAGAAAGACAUUCACUCAACAAAGCAGUCUGAAGACACACCAGAGUGUUCACACUGGGGAAAAACCUUUCAGCUGUGAUGUGUGUGGGAAGAGCUUUGGUAAUCUGGGCAACCUUAACCGACACAAGCGCAUUCAUACAGGAGAGAAGCCAUUCAGCUGCAGUAUAUGUGGGAAAAGUUUUAAUCAGACAAACAGCCUGAAGGCUCACCUCCAGGUGCACACAAUGGAGAAGCCAUAUAUGUGUGAUAGAUGUGGAAAAAACUUUUCUUACCUGAGGAAUCUUAAAGAACACAAAUGUAUCUAUGAAUGAGAAAUAUAUGUAAUGUAGUCUCAGUACGUUGACCAUUUUUAUUUAUUUAUGUGAAGUGGAAGUCUCCUAUACUUUAAAUGUGUAUAUGUAUGUUUAAAUGUGAAAUAUACUGUAAAUGUGUUUUGAAGGGAUAAAGACAGACUAAUGCAUCAGUACUAAAUAUAAAGAAGGUUACAUUUCCAAAAGUUUUUUCUCCCUACUUACGUUUGUUUGUUUAUUUUUUUGUUUCAUUUUAUGCAAUGUUUUGUUUUAGUUUUGUAUUUGUUUGUCUAGUUAAACUUAUUCACCGUGUUAUAUGUGAUACUGUUUGUCUUAGUCUUAAUAAUAUUACCUGUGGUGGCCGAUAAAGUUACGUGUCUGUAACGGUAAUGUUAACGUUAUUUCGUUGGAUUGAAGAGCUAAUAAAGAGGUUGCUCAUAA